GAGGCGGUGCAGUCAAUAUCAAUUAUGACUUGCGAUGAAUAAUUUAUAUAAAAAGUCCAAUUCCUCAAAACUGCUAGUCUUGAUAUCUUCACCUCUUUAUUAAUCUAUGUACUUGAAGUAUUCAACUGUAGUAUAUACCUACCUACCUUUCAUUUCCUUGACUUGGUUAAUCGUAUAGAUCCUAGUUAACUCGCCUCGCUAAAGGCGUCGGUUCCAUCAUAAAAGUCAGGUUUCAAUAACCUUCAAUCGUCACGAUCGAGACUCUUACAAGUUACAUCGGGUGACACUAGAUAUCAUGACCACCUCCUACAAUACAAUGCCAAGACUAAGAGAUACUGAACUUGACAACUACCAACGAUAUAACGAGGAAGAGGAGUGGGCACUUGAUGACGCUCAAGAGAAGCUACGGGCGCGUUAUAGCGGUAAUAGCGGCCUUCAACGACACCACGACCUCGGCGCGCCGGUACCCGUAAACCCUGGACCUUCUCUACCUGUCGCGUCUGGUUCUCUUCCUUAUCCAAUUAUCAUCCCCCAGCGACGACCCGGACAACGGGAUCGCGGAUUCAUCAGGGCCUACGCGCCCGAUUUGAUGAGCUGUGGCAUUGACGUGCCUACUUUUAUGGGGUUUCUCGACGAACUAGAUAAAGCGACGGCGUCUUGUCCAUAUGUUAGCGCUAUCAACCUUGCUUCAAAUGCGGCUGGUUUCUUGCCAUCGGGUAUAGGAACUGCUGUUACCCUGACUGUCAAGAUAACAGCCGGAGUAUACCAGGAGAUGCGGAGCCGUAAGAACCAAAACGCGUUCCUUUUGAAGAUGAACGACGAGCUUUUCCGACCGCGUGGCCUGUACUGCUUCAUCAUGGCAUACAACCCGGAAUCUAAUAACGCUCUAGUACAGGAAGAUCUCAGUGCCGCAACUAGUAAUACUCGCAGUGAAUUUCGAAGUAAUGAUGGGAUAACAGGUCCGAUUGAGUUCCCGGCUUCCGCUGAAUUGGUCUUCCCUGAUCUGGAAGACACGUCCAGCGACGAGGAGGAGGGUGAAAGCGGUACGAAGAGCUUCUUUUCAAAGCUGAUUGAUAGUUACAACGAACGUAAAGACCUUAAGGCUCAAAGAAAAUAUCUGAGAAAAAACCCUACUGGUGCUCUCAAUCCCCUGAUGGAUCCAAAGGUUGAACUCACGCGAAAAGACCAUAAGAGGCAGCUGCGUAGGCUUGAGAAAGAUGAGCGCAAGCACGAGAGACGCGAACGAAGGCAAGAAAGACGAGCACGCAGACACCCCGAAAGAGCUGAGAAGGAACCACGCAAACGAUUUCUACGAAAGGAUAUCAUGUAUAUGAUGAUAAUUAAUAUGCCGUCGAUGCAGGAGAUGGAAAACGCAGCUAGAUUGGUUGAGAACCCACCCAGGUAGAAAUCACCGUUGUUAAGAAAGGGAAGUUGUAAAUGGAGAGGGUUAGCUAUAGAUUGAUGACCUUAGUGUGCAG